AUGGAGAACCCUCCUUCAUCAUCACCAUCCCCGUCACCACCACCGCCGCACCUGCAAUUAUGUCUGCCACUACAACCGCAACCAGAACCACCACCACAUCCGCAACCGCAAUUAGAACCGCAAUCGCUUUCGAUACAUCAAUUACAACUGCCAUUUCUUCCUCCUACCACUCCGAACACUUCAUCUCCUCCCUCAGCCACCGCAACCACCUCUCUCCAUAAGCGACGUCGCUCUACUCCUCUCCGUAUCGACACCACCAAUCUCGCCUCCUCUUCGGAACCAGCCUCGAAAAGACAAAACACCUUAUACACGACGACAGAGCCAAUUCCUCCAUGUACGGAAUGUGGAAAAACUUUUACGUCAUGGAAGGCGCUAUUCGGCCACAUGCGAUGCCAUCCGGAACGCGAAUGGCGCGGCAUUAACCCACCUCCGCAUCUCCGUCGUCAACCUCUAGUCCCACCCCCUACUUCAACCUUCCCAACCACUUCCGAUGACCAAGAAGUGGCUACUAGCCUUCUCCUACUCGCCGGCGGCCCUAUUUCAAGCGACGCAGCGAAAUUCGAGUGCUCGAGUUGCAAGAAGACGUUCACGUCCCACCAAGCGCUUGGUGGACACCGUGCGAGUCAUAAAAAUGUCAAAGGCUGCUUCGCCAUUACCAAGAACAACGUCGAGGACGAUCAGUGCAUGGGUACUAAAACUAGUAGUCAAGAUGAUGCAACCGGGCUUCAACUUUCUUUGGGCUUGGGCCAAGGUGUUCAAACGGCCCAUAAGUGUACCAUUUGUUUUAAGCUGUUUCCUACUGGACAGGCUUUGGGUGGACACAUGAGAUGUCACUGGGAAAAAAAUGAAGAGGCCCAAAAUAAUCUUGAUCUCAACGUUCCUCCUCAAGUAAAGGAUGAUGGUGCUUACUCUUCUAAUGAUUCUAAUAAUAUGCAAUUAGAUUUAAGGUUAGGAUUAUGA